GCUCGUUCCAGCUGCCUGGCCGUCCCCACCUCGGGCACGCCGCCCGCGCCGUUACCUGGUCCAACUGCCCGGGAGGCUCCGCCCGUCGGCUCCACUCUGCGGCCGCGCCUCCGAGCUCUCCGGCAGGCUCAGACUCUGAUACCUCCGUUCACCAUUCCCCAAGCGCCAUGAGGGGGCUCCUACGUUCGCUGCUGCCCACGUUGCUGCUCCUUCUCCAGCCCUGGGAAACCCAGCUCCAGUUCGCAGGUCCCAGGUGCCGUACUGGGCCCCUGGAUUUGGUGUUCGUGGUUGACAGCUCGCGCAGUGUGCGCCCCUUCGAGUUCGAGACGAUGCGUCAGUUCCUGGUGGGCCUCCUCCGCAGCUUGGACGUGGGGCCCAACGCCACGCGCGUCGGCGUGAUCCAGUAUUCGAGUCAAGUGCAGAGGGUUUUCCCGCUCGGCGCCUUCUCGCGCCGCGAGGAUAUGGAGCGCGCCAUCUGGGCUUUAGUACCGCUGGCGCAGGGCACCAUGACCGGGCUGGCAAUCCAGUACGCCAGUGAAUGUGGCCUUCAGCGUGGCCGAGGGCGCCCGCCGCCUGAGGAACGCGUGCCGCGCGUCGCCGUC